UUUACUUCUUAAAUGCUACUUCCUCAUUUGACUUCCUCUCUCCACCCAUGUUUGCUGUGUUUACUGCUCAUGACUCAAACUCACUUUGCAUCCUGUUCUCUGAGGAAUACCAGAUCAAAAUCUCAUCUACUGCUUUUCCUCUAAGGCUCCUAAAUAUGGAUAAGAACGGAGAACUCCCUAAGGAAGCUGCCCCACCUUACCCAGGACCUCCAGUUAAUUAUGGAGGAGUAGACAUGGGGAUCCAUCCUGGCUACCCUUCAGCUCAAUACCCUCCUACUGCUGGCUUUCCUGCAUACCCUGGACCUGCACCUCAGUCAGGCCAGCCUGCAAUGUAUCAAGGUCCCAGUCCUGGAGUAAACCCUGGAGUUAUUCCUGUAGCUACAACUGUAACAGUAGUGAAUCUUCCUAACCUGCGUGAUGUGCCUGGACAGAGUAGAUGUCUUCAGUGUCAACAGGAUGUCAUCACUAGGACAGAGCAUAGCCCUGGACUUUUAACAUGGCUCAUAUGUGGAGGUCUUGCCAUUGUUGGGUGUUGGCCAUGUUGUCUGAUCCCAUUCUGUGUGGACUCAUGUAAAGAUGUGGAGCAUCACUGUCCAAACUGCAACAGUGUUGUUUAUAUUCACAAGCAAAUGUAAUACCUUUGCUGUCUCAUAGCAGUCCAUUUGAGUCAGAGGACAUAAUCUGUAAUUAUGUAAAUCUGUUAAGGUAAUGGCUAGGUACAGAUUUGGGUAUGAGUGAUUUUCUUACAUCCUUAAUUGCAGGACAUCCAAUAAAAUCACUAAAACUAAUACAGAUUCAAUCUCUUACUCAUAAGGGAAAGAUCAAUGACUGUGUUCUAAUGAGCCACCGUGUGAUGAUACUGGUGGUGGUGGUGAUGAUUGUGACAUCGAAAUUAGAUAAUAUAGGGUGAAGAAAUCAAAGAAAAAACAACAGUAAUAUGCAAGCUCUUGAGAUAGCUCCCCAUAUGCAGAAAUGUUUAUCUACUGGAUAAACAGACUGAAUCUGUGGACAAGAAAAGGGUUACAAUAGACAAAAAAAAUGCGGCAAUUGUCACAUAUAAAAAGUUUUAAAUUGACCGAAAAAUCAGUCAUGACUUUUCUUUUUGCUUUAUGCAGAAUGUCUAUUUUGCUAACAAACUGAUCUGAGCUUUGUGGAGACUCUUUCAUGUGUAAUGCUAAAAGCUAGGCGUAUCAAAGAACAGCUAGCCAGAUAACAAGUAAAAUGUAACAAAAAACAUGCUAUCGGUACUAUAUGUCCAAAGGUUUGUAGACACCUCUUUUAAUGAGUGAAUUUAGCUACUUUUAAGGUUCACCCAUUGCUGGCCUAUGCAUUCAAAUGGGCUGUUUGCAUAAUCUGCAAUAAAUUGAAUAAAUGAUCCUGUCAUAUUUUGCAUAUCUAGUUAUCCAGGUUUCAGAUUUGUUUACCACAGUUUGUGCCAUCGCUUAAAAGUGACCUGAAAGAAAAAAAAAGUGUAAACAUUUCUUAUGUUUUUCUUUUAUUACGUUGUUGUUUAAUGCUGUUAAUUUUUGUUGCAUUACACAAGCAUAAGUGACAAAUAAAAUAAUCAAAACUGA